AUGAAUUCCCAAUCGUUUAAUAAGGAAUUUGAAAGUGCGAAAGAAGAUUUAGAUAGUCGUCUAGCCAGCAAGCAUAUACGUACGUUGAACUGUCUACAAGAGAAAAGCCUAGAAAAUGAUAAAUUAAGACACCGUGUAUCUGCGCUCGAAGGAUAUAAAAUGAAAGCAGAUUAUUACGCAGCUUUGGAACAACAAGUUAAUUCACUUCAGGUAUAUAUAGAGGAGUAUUACAGUAAUAGGCUAAAAUACUAAUGUAUCCUGUUGAAUUAUUGUAUUUGAAGAAGAAUUAUGCACAUUGACAGUCAUUGUAAAAUCAAGAAUAUAUCAUUGCGAUGCCCAGCUAUAAUAAAAUUAAAAAGAUCUUUGACAGCCACUGGUCAAAGAUUUUUUAUUAUACUUAUAGAUCUGCGACACUUUGGAACAAUUUGGAAUCAAUAGUUUCAAGUUAUGUAGCUCACUGGGCAUUUUAAGAGACAUUUAAUUAAGAAACAGUCUAUUAGAUAAAUUUCUAAGUAGUUAGACGUUAGAAUCUAAUAAUUAGUGUAGUUAUUUAUUUAUCUCUUUAUCUUUGAAUUGGGGAAAAGCCUCUAUGGGGAAAGAUUAGUAAAGUGUGUAUGUAAAUGUAGUUUGUUAGAAUGUUUGUUUGUUUGGAAUAAUACCUGUACAAGUCUUGGUAUUUAUUGAAAAGUAGUAUGUCCUCGCGCUUAUGGUGCACUUGUUUUGCGCAUGUUCCAGGGCACCGCACUGUAUGCAGGGUUCGUACAAAACUUGAAUGUCCUUGAAUUUGAAAACAAAAAUUCAAGGCCUUGAAUUUGUAAAGAAGUACUUGAAAGUCCUUGAAUUCUUUUUGCUUUAGUUUUUGGAUAUUUUCUGGAAUUGUUUGACAUUCAAAAACGGACAUUUUGUUGAAUUGAUUUUGCAUGUUCAUCAUCUGACAAAGCUGUUUGAAACUCAUUAAAGUUGCGUUUUGAAAAAUUCAACGUCAGAUUUUACUGAUUUCUAACCCCUUCAGUAUUUAGUCCUUGAAUUUGCUGAUACAUGGCCUUGAAUGUCCUUGAAAAGUCCUUGAAUUUGACUCUUCCUCACAUGUAUGAACCCUGUGUAUUAUAAUGUCUGGUUUGUUACAUAUUUCACACGUUCAAAUGACUCUGGACGAAGUGUGCGACCGUUUACAUUUAUCGUGUUUUAGGAUGAGUUAUCAAAAUGUGACCACUUGCACUCGCUGGGAAGAAAUGUAGAAGAAAAAAUCAACGAAGUCAAAGAAGAAUAUAGGACGAUGUUUUAUGAGUAUCAACAAGUUAUGGAGAAAAAAUACAGUCGAGAGGUAAUUAAUUUAUAUUAUAUAGGCAUCAAUGAAAAGUAAAUUGAGAUUGCUUUGCUUAAAAGUGACAAAUUUGGUAUAUUGGUCCCAGUGGCGUAACGCACAUAGGGUAGGGUUAGGGGAAUAACUAAGGGCCCCCGACUGUUAGGGGGCCCCGAGGGCCCCCCACCAAAUUUAGAUUUAUACGGUCAUGAUUUAGAUUAAUGCGGUUAUACGGUAUUACAAUAAAUAAACAUCGACAGUGGCAAUAAACAUCGACAGUGGAAACUGACAUUUUAUUUUAUCUCAAAUAAAACAAAAGUUAUUCUUAUUAGUUAUUACAUGAAGUACGUCCAAAUUAAAAAUGCAAAACAAAAUGUCGGCCAUGAUGGCUGGAAAGCGAAAGUACAAUCUGGGGCACAAAAGAGAGUCGAAAAAAAGAAAAAGACCGACCCCCUAGGAAGGUCGCGCCGUGAGACACGUACGGUGCGUUUCGUCACUAACAAUGUAUGAUAAAAGGGCCCCCGACACAAAAUAUGCCUAAGGGCCCCCUGUUCCUCCGUUACGCUACUGAUUGGUCCGGGAGACGAAUUAUCGGCCCAGACGUAUUCUCCAUGCGAUAGAUCAUCAAUCUGGUUUUGGUAAUUAACGAAUCAUGACUGAAAUUUUUCUGGUAGUUUAUCGAAUGCCAUCUAUAUACACAAAAACUGAUCAUCCUUCGAUACAAGCAUACAAACAAGUUCAUUAUAAAUUAUGCACACUUAAUUUCAAAGAGUUUUAACUCCACCUUAACGUCUGAACUGAAGAGUUAAAACUACUCUCUUUGGAGUGGAGGUUUUGGAGUUAAUUCUACUCCACAAAUGGAGUUAAAACUACUCCUCUUCGAUACGAUAUGUUUUCCAACAUGUACACUUGCACUGGGAGUCAAUUUAACUCCACUGAAGGAGUAAAAGUAACUCCAGCAAUGGAGUAAAAACAACAGAUUGUGUAGAGAACUUCGUACCCAGAUAGUUGUCUUGAUUGUGGUUCAUCCGUUUGCCGUAUAGGCAAUCUAUCUUUUCAAAUUCAUCCGUUUCUAAUGAAAGUCGGACCAAGAUAUUUUAUUUGUUUACUUCAUUGUAGGUUAAGAAAUACAAGGACGAACGUGAACAACUCGCACAGGCCUGGGAACAGGAGAAGGCAAAGAUGAGAGAAAUUGAAGAAGAAUUAAAAACUAGCAAUAAAAAUCUUCAAAAGAAACUUGAAGCUCAAGAUGUCAUGGAAAAAGACAUGAACGUAAGCUUCAUUAAUAUUUUUAAGAAUUCGAGAGAAAAACUAAACUAUAUAAUUUUUUAGUUGGAUUUAAUCUAAUUGAUUAAGUUUGUAACUUUGUACAUAUACACACUCUUUCACAAUUUGUUUAUUUGGUUUCGUAAGAACUUGGUUGAGGAGCUGGACAGGACAGUCGCGUCGUUUGAAGAAAUAAAAUCAAAGAACGAAGAACUUCAAGAGUCUGAGAACAGUUUAAAAGAUCUUUGUAAAGAUUUCGAAGAGGAAAAUAUUUCACUUCAGGAAGAACUUGAUGAUAGUUCAUACCGGUAAGCCCAUUUAUAUUGACGGAUUUGGACAAGAGAUGGAUUGGCGCCUGUUCAGCACAUGUGUUCCUUACGUCAGAACAAGUGCGAAUCUCAGACAAUCUUUUCACUAUUUUUCAGCAAAAAGAAGUUGAAGAAAGACAUGAACAAAAUGAUCAUGAAGAUAACAAAAUACAUUAAACAGAUCAAAGAACUCGAGCAAGUGAAGAAUUCUGCUUCAAGAAUCGAAUUUGAGAACGGCUGGCUGAAACAUCUUCAUGAAAAAAGCACAGCCGAACUAAAAAGCCUGAAAAUGAAACACAAGGAUGCUUUAAACGAACUACAGGUAAUCACACAGGAAAGAAAUUUUUUGAGAAGCGAACUCUCUUCCGUGCAACAUGAAAUGUCGAAGCUUAAAAAGGAGUUGGAAGGAUCCAAGUGUUCGUUUGGGGAGUUUUUGGAAUUGAAGAAACAGGUUGAAGUGUUGGAAGACGAGAAUAAGAGUCUCGUUAAGAAGUCGAAAACGUAUAAAAUCAAAAUGUUAAAACCUGCAGAGUGUAGCUCUGCAGAUAGCCAGAAACAAUUGGUGCCAAUUAAUGUUAAAUCCAGAUAA